AUGGCAGGGGAGCAGGCAGGCUCAGAGGGCAGGCCCAGGGACCCCUUGGCUCCUUAGUCCCUAGCCAGUCACCUCGCCUCCCCUGCUCGCUAUUUUUCAACUUGCCCCAGGUCAUCCCAUUCCUUGUACCCGAGCAUUCAUGCAAAGUGGUUCUUCCUCCCCAGUCCCGCCUGGUGGAGGUAAACCCCCUCCUAUUGACCCUGAGGCUCCCGUGCCACCCCCUCCCUCGCACCUCCAGCUCUCUGCCUCAGUCCUCAGGGCCCCGAGGCCCAAUCAAGGCCUCCCGACUCCUCACUCUGCUCCUCCCCUGCUUGGUCCUUAAAACCCCGCCUGCAGCCCAGACCGGCAGAGGCCUCAGGUGGCACCUCGGCUGCUGCACUGCUCAACAGGAACCAGAGCCAGCUGGGAGGGGAGCGGCUGAGCUGGGUGAGCUUGGCCUGACGUGACUGCAAGAAGUCUGCUGGGCGGUAGGCCACCAAGGGGGCAAACCCCUCAAACAAGUAGGACAGAGAUUGGUUUUUAUUCCGUGAGGAUCAGACAACUGUGAGAGGCCUACAGAUGCGAGGACUGCCCUGGCAUAAAGGCAACGACUGAUUCUCCCCUCUCCCCGGGCACCUACAACCCACCCACCUGACUCCUUUGGUCUCCGCUGUGAGUCAACUGGACUGUUUGGGACUGGGAAGACCUAACUGAGGGACGGAUGGCUUCAACUGGCCUUGAACUCCUGGGCAUGACCCUGGCUGUGCUGGGAUGGUUGGGGACCCUUGUUUCCUGCGCCCUGCCCCUGUGGAAGGUGACCGCUUUCAUCGGCAACAGCAUCGUGGUGGCCCAGGUGGUGUGGGAGGGGCUGUGGAUGUCCUGCGUGGUGCAGAGCACCGGCCAGAUGCAGUGCAAGGUGUACGACUCGCUGCUGGCGCUGCCCCAGGACCUGCAGGCUGCGCGCGCCCUCUGUGUCGUCGCCCUCCUGCUGGCCCUGCUUGGCCUGCUGGUGGCCAUCACUGGUGCCCAGUGCACCACGUGUGUGGAGGAUGAAAGCGCCAAGGCCCGCAUCGUGCUCACCGCUGGAGUCCUCCUGCUCCUUGCUGGCAUCCUGGUGCUCAUCCCGGUCUGCUGGACGGCCCACGCCAUCAUCCAGGACUUCUACAACCCCCUGGUGGCUGAGGCCCUCAAGCGGGAGCUGGGGGCCUCCCUCUACCUGGGCUGGGCCUCGGCUGCUCUGCUCAUGCUGGGUGGGGGGCUCCUCUGCUGCACAUGCCCCCCACCCCAGUUUGAGCGGCCCCGUGGACCUAGGCUGGGCUACUCCAUCCCCUCCCGCUCAGGCGCGUCGGGGCUGGACAAGAGGGACUACGUGUGAGGGCAGCAAAGGCUUCCUCCAGGGUCCUGCACCUUCAGCCUCUGCACCCUUGCUUCUAACUGCCCCUUCCCCUGUGGGAGCCUACUUCUGCAAAGUGGGAGCCAGAUCUGGCUCUACUAGUGUCCUCCUCGGCUGUUCUGGCUGAACUCACCCUCAGUGGGGUUGAAACAGAGCCAAAGCUUGUUGGCUCCAGCUUGGCUUCCAAGAUGGGGAUGCUCGAAAUGAAGACGAAUCCAGAAACAAAACAGCAUCCAAAGGUGAAAUACGGCAACAGCAGAACCCAGGGGCAGGGCGCAGGAAACCAGAGCCUUUACCCAGCCCAGCAACGUAAGGACAAUUCCCAGAAUCUGCAGACCAGCAGAGGCCAUGGCAGGGUUGAAAGGGCUAUGCUGUGUGGGAGAAGAGAAGCAGAAGAACGUUAAAGACCGGUGUCCCAGCUGGGGCCCCCACGCAGGAUGCCAACAGCAGGAGCCCUGGGAGUUGGCCACAGGUCCUGAUAUUCAGCAGGUUGUACUCCCUGAGCCUCAUUUACUCAUGGGCAAAAUGAGCAUCUAGAUGGGGGGACCCGAGUUCCUUCUCCAAGACCACCACACUGACAGUCUGGGUCCACACUUCCACUCUCCCCUAGGGGCCAAGGAGUGGGCCCUCAAGGUUGGGGCAUUUUUGUGUGUGUGUAUUCAGACUAAAAGGCCAUGUUAGGGUCCCAGGAGGAGAUAAAAACCCAGGGUCUGUUCAGUGAGCCUGUUCCUCUACCACCAAGCUGGCUGCACCUGUGUUCGUUAGGCCCAAGAGGUCGGGCUCACCAACCCUGGAGGUUUCGCCCUUCUGCGUCCCUGCCCUCGUCCCCUUCCCUUUCCACACACUGUGGCGUGACUAUCCGAAGGCGCCCGGGCGGUUCCACCACCCACCUCCUGGGCCACCAUUGCAUGGGACCGAGCGAGUACCCGGGAGGGGCUUAAUGGCGCGCGGCAGCUGGGUUAGCUCCCGCAGGUGAGGGGGAGGGGAGUCCCG